AUGAUUAUUCAAUUGGUGCUGCAAAUCGCACUAUUGUUGUGGCCAACACUAACAGAAGCAUCAUCAGCAUUAGCUGAAGCAUCACUAGCAAAGCCUGGUUGUCCAGACAGAUGCGGAAAUGUUAGCAUUCCAUACCCAUUUGGUAUUGGAGCCAAUUGUUGUUUGAAUGACUCUUACUCGUUUGAGAUAAUCUGCAACAAAUCUUUCACCCCACCCAAACCAUUCAUCACUAGCAUGAACCUUGAGGUGCUUGAAAUCUCGUUAACAGAAGGCACUGUUUGUGUCAACAACCCGGUAAUCACUUCUAAUUGUGAUAACAGGGUUAAUAAUCAAGUUGUGGACUUGGUCGAUACUCCUUUUUACUUCUCAGACACAAACAACCGAUUCACGGCCAUGGGUUGUGACAACCUCGCCUUGAUCAACUGGGAAGGAAUGGCCAUAGGGUGCGUGUCCAACUGCAAUUUUACUUCAGGAGAUAAAAGAUGCUUUGGCAUCAACUGCUGCCAAACCACAAUCCCUCCUACACUAGACUUUAUCAAUGCAUCUUUCAGAAGCAUAGAUUCAAACAAUGAUGAUAAAGAGUGCAAAUAUGCCUUUAUGGUGGACCAAGAAUGGUUCACUAACCUGACCGACCCCUAUGCCGUGCGGGAAAUGAAGGUGGUCCCUGCUGUGCUGAGUUGGGCCGCUGUAUAUGGGAUGUGCCAUACAUUGGAUGCCGACAAUUCUAAUGUGUCUGACAGUUCAUUAUGCGGCACUAAUGCUUACUGUUUCAAUCAAACUUACACUGAACUAUGCCUGUGUGACCACGGUUAUGAAGGAAACCCGUAUUUCCUUCAUGGAUGCCAAGAUAUCGAUGAAUGUGCGAGGGAUGAUACCAAUCGUUGUCAGAUGAACUGUGAGAAUAUACCAGGGAGUUAUAAGUGCAAUUGUCCACCUGGGUACUCACCUUUUGGACCCGAUGGAAGCUAUUGCUAUAAACUGAAGGAAGGCAACAGAAAUGUGAUCAUUAUCGCAGGUACUGGAACAGGUUUCGGAAUACUAUUUCUACUUGGUACAUGGUGGAUAAUUAAACUAGUGAAAAGAAGAAGGAAAAUUAAGCUCCAUGAAAAAUUCUUUAAACGAAAUGGGGGUCUGUUAUUACAACAACAAUUGUCUUUAGGUGAAGGUAAUGUUGAGAAAACCAAACUCUUCUCUUCAAAGGAGUUGGAAAAAGCCACUGACCACUUUAAUGAGAAUCGAAUACUAGGGCAAGGAGGCCAAGGUACUGUUUACAAAGGCAUGUUAGUAGAUGGUACGAUUGUAGCGGUUAAGAAGUCCAAACUGGUGGAUGAAAGCCGACUUGAACAAUUUAUUAAUGAGGUGGUCAUUUCAUCACAAAUUAUCCAUAGAAAUAUAGUCAAGCUACAUGGAUGUUGUUUGGAGACUGAAGUACCUUUGCUUGUUUAUGAAUUCAUCCCUAAUGGAACCCUUUUCCAGUAUAUCCAUGACCAAAAUGAAGACUUCCCUCUUUCCUGGGACAUUCGUGUUCGGAUUGCUAUAGAAGUUGCAGGAGCUCUUUCCUAUCUACACUCAGCAGCUUCCGUACCCAUUUAUCAUCGAGACAUCAAGUCCACAAACAUAUUAUUGGAUGAUAAAUACAGAGCAAAAGUGUCCGACUUUGGGACUUCAAGAUCAAUUGUAGGUGAUCAAACUCACUUGACCACAAAAGUACAAGGGACCUUUGGAUACUUGGAUCCUGAGUAUUUCCGAUCAAGCCAGUUUACCGAGAAAAGUGAUGUUUAUAGCUUUGGAGUAGUUCUUGUUGAGCUCUUAACAGGACAAAAGGCGAUCUCAUCAGCCAUAUCUGAAGAAUGGCGAAGUUUAGCAGCAUAUUUCAUAUUGACGAUGAAGGAGAAUCGUCUAUUUGAUAUUCUUGAUGCUCGAGUUGUGAAAGAAGGUGGGAAAGAAGAGAUCAUGCUAGUCGCUAAUCUUGCAAAACGAUGCUUGAACUUGAAUGGGAGAAAAAGGCCUACAAUGAAAGAAGUUGCAAUAGAGUUGGAAGGGAUUAGAAUGCCACAGAGCAUCGCCACUAUUCAACAAAACUUUGAAGAGGUUGAAUUUGCAAUAGCUGACCUCACUGGGUCUUGGGAUGCUGUUUCAACUUCAACAAGUUUUUAUUAA